CUGUUGAAAAUCAAGAUAUACUUCUUUUCCAACAUUGGGGUAACAUGAGCUUCGUCGUAAGAAAGCUCGAUGUCACGAUGACUGAAAAGGCACAUGUCCAUGUCCCUGCCCUCACCCCUAGAGCGGUUUGUCGCCCACUAGGGAAUGGCCCAAGCUUGGCCGACAUGAAUAAUAACACUGGUGAAAAUGUUGUAGAUGAGAGAAAGAAACGAGGCAGGCCGAGGAAAGCUAAUGCACCUAUCGUUGAUGGUUCCACCUCUCGUAUAUCGGGAAAGAACCAAGUGCAUGAAAAUGAAAGUGUCAAUGUCAUUGUUCCUCCAAAAAAGCGAAACACAUGCUUCCGAGGUGAACUCGUCAAAAAUCAAGGCACUUUCUUCACUUCCAUGUUCCCAUUCUUUCAGCGUUCCCUUGGUGCCACGAACCAAACUCUUAUCAUUCCAUCUGAAUUCUUUGAGAAACACAUGCCUAUUGCUAAGACUAGCAUUGUCCUGCGAAACUCAGAUAAAAAAAUGUGGACCGUGUCUAUUAUUCCACUCGGAUCAUACCAUGCGUUCUCAAACGGUUUUCAAGCAUUUGUCGAGCAGAACAAUCUCAAGUCGGGUGAUACGUGCGUAUUUGAGCUUGUGGAGAGUAACAUGAUGCAGGUCCAUUUCUUUUAUGGACUACCCUAAGAUGUUAUUGUCG